AUGGACGGUGACCCUGCCGUCGAGCCACAGCUCGACUCGUUUAGCUUGACCUUCCCGUUGCCUUACCGGAUCGCCUUUAUCGUCAUAUUGGCCGUCUGGGGAUGGGGCCUCAACCUGCACUUCCUCCAUCGCCGACGCAUCGACGUGCCCGCCCUCAUCCGCUAUCCCGGUCGCUCGAGCUCGUCGCAAAUCACCCACCACCAGUCGACCUACCGUCUCGCUACAUUCCUCUCCCUUGCUUCGGGAUCCUCCAUCCUCCUGUUCUGGGCCCUGACACGCGGCGACCCACGGCGCGUUAUCGACUAUGACUGGCUUCCCAUGAUCAACCUCCUCGUGCUCGCCGCGCUCUUCCUCGUUCCCCUCCGCCGCCUCUCUGUCUCCCACACCGGCCGCAGCCGCCUCCUAUGGACCCUACGUCGCGUCAGUAUCGGCGGCCUGGCAGAAGCCAAGGACGGCAAAUUCGGCGAUAUUCUCCUGGCCGAUGUGCUCACGAGCUACGCUAAGAUCCUCGCCGACUUGUUCGUCUGCCUCUGCAUGUCCCUCUUUGACGGCAGUGAUGGAUCCGCUACUGCCCGGCCUGACCGAGGCUGCGGCGGUGCCGUGUUGGUGCCGCUUAUCAUGGCGGUCCCCAGCGUGAUCCGACUGCGUCAGUGUCUGAUCGAGUUUGUGCGCGUGCGCAGUGUACCGUACAAGGAGGCUACGGGAUGGGGUGGACAGCAUCUGGCCAACGCGGCCAAGUACUCGACCGCCUUUCCCGUCAUUGUGCUAGGUGCGAUGUUGAGAGGCCAGAAGGACGGGUCGCCGGGCCUGUUCAGGGCUUGGGUCGCUGCUUGUCUGCUCAACUCUCUCUACAGUUUCUACUGGGACGUGGCAAAGGAUUGGGACUUGACUCUCUUUUCCAAAGAUCGGGCUUCACCGGGACAUCCCUUUGGCUUGCGGAGGGCGCUGCUGGUGCAUAAACCGGCGGUCUACUACGCCGUCAUCGCCCUGGAUCUGACCCUGCGGUGCACAUGGAUGAUCAAGUUGAGUUCGAACAUGGAUCGCAUCGGUGAUUUCGAAAGCUCCAUCUUCCUCCUUCAGUUCCUUGAGGUAUUCCGACGCUGGGUAUGGAUCUUUUUCCGAGUCGAAACUGAAUGGAUCCGGAAUUCGGCCGUGAACCUGGGGAUGGACGAUAUGGUCUUGCUCGGCGAUUACCCGGGCAACAAGUACGAAGACGACGAUUAG